CGACUUUUUUGGCGCCGACGGCGGCGCGAGCGGGGACGGCAGCCGGGAGGCUCUCGCGUUCGCGCCGUCGCCGUCGUGCCCGGCGGCACUAUGCGCUACAACGAGAAGGAGCUGCAGGCGCUGUCCCGGCAGCCGGCCGAGCUGGCAGCCGAGCUGGGCAUGCGGGGCCCCAAGAAGGGCAGCGUGGUGAAGCGGCGGCUGGUGAAGCUGGUGGUCAAUUUCCUCUUCUACUUCCGGACGGACGAGGCCGAGCCCGUCGGAGCCCUUCUGCUGGAGCACUGCAGAGUCACCCAGGAAGAGCCCUGCGGCUUCUCCAUCAGCUUCGUGGAGAACCCUGACAGGAAGUAUCACUUUGAAUGCUGCAAUGAGGAGCAAUGUCAGGAGUGGAUGGGGGCCUUGCGGCAAGCCAGCUAUGAGUUCAUGCGGAGGAGUCUCAUCUUCUACAGGAAUGAGAUCCAGAAGAUGACUGGCAAGGACCCUCUGGAGCAGUUUGGCAUAUCUGAGGAGGCCAGGUUCCAGCUGAGUGGGUUGAAAGCCUGAAUCCUUCUCUGGGGCUAGAACCAGCCUGGCCUGCUUUUGCCAGACCCUGGGUUUUCUGGUCAAGCCUGCAUUUGCAGUUGUUAUGACUUAAAAGACUUCAAAAUCAAAAGCUCAGGACUAGGUGAAGAAUCCAGCCUCCCUCCCCUGCUUGGGGGCCCACUGGACUGGCCUGACUGGCAAUCCCCCCAUGCCAUGUGCUGCUGCCUAGGGACCCCCCCCCCCCAGUCAUGUCCAUUCAGGGCCUGGCAGGUGCCCUGGGCAGCUCACAAACUGAAUGUAUGAAGCUAAAUGAUGCUGUGAAAGUGUGGGGGCCUGUCUGUCUCAUCAGGCCGCUGUGAAUUCUGCUGAUGCGCAGGUCCUGGCCAGGUGCCUUGUGCUUCUUGCUCUGUUCAAAUAAAGGUACCUCUUUUCCACAUAGAAUGGUGUACACUGCAUGCAGCAAGGACAGGUGUCCUUUGCAGGCUCCAGGGGGGAAGUGAGGGUGACAGGGGACAAAGGUCCCCUACAGGGUCAUGGUUUAAAUACCUGGGCAGAAAGGGCUGGGCCACCAGCAUAGGGAGAGAAGAUGGGGUUUAGAGGUAUAAGCUGGAAAACCAGGGAGUAAGACCCCUGGCCCUGAAGGAGAUGCAGCUGUGGGUGUGGCACUCACCCAAGAGGACCCCUUGACCCGCCCUGGUUUAUGGGCCUCCCUGAUUGAAGACAGGACCCCGUGAUGGCCCAUAUUAGUUGGUGGCCCUUUUGGGGUCCUCAUCUGGUCAAGCUCUUAUGGAGCGGCAGGGCCUCCCUGUUCAUAGCUACCGUCUGGGAGUGACUGCUGUCCUCCCCAACCCAGGGCACAGUUGAGUUCAACCUGGUCUUCUUUGGGCCCUCUUCAGACCUCACCAUGUCGUAAUUGAGGGAAAUACCACAUUCAGACAAAGUUCAAGUGAAAACAUUUUAUUACAGCGUCUAAAGGUGGAAAUGCAGAAUGCAGUGGGAUAACCUUUGGGAGUGAGGGUCAUGCCAGCAGCCUAGAGAGUUGGGCAUGCCAGUGCCCUCAGCUGUGCUGAACAGUUUACCACACAGACAGAGCCAAGCCUCAGGUUACAUCACGGUGGAGAUAAGAGAAACAGGCCAAGCUUGGGUGAAUUGUGAACGGAAAUGGCAGGGUGGUUGAGAUCGGGGUGAGAAGUGGACACUUCCUACAAUGGGCAGCGCGGGGAGAUAAAGGCGAGGGUGUCUCAAUUAAGUCACAAUUCAUAACUUAGAAGGAAGGCUAACUCCUCCUGGCCAGGAGGGUCCUUGAGCCCACUUCCCAGUGGGCCACUUUGUUGUCACAGUUUUCCUGAGCAAAGUUAAUCCCAGGCCCGCUAGACUUCCCUGACGUGCCCACGGUUAACAGCACCACCAGUCAGCCUGGAGCUGCCAGAGGGAACCAGCAUCUUGUCAACCCUCCCACAGCUGGCCUGCCAACAGGCCUUAGCUUACAUGUCUGGCAAGGCCUAGGGCCCCCAGAGGACUAGAGGGUCAGCGCCAGUGUGACCCACACCUCCUCCAGCCACCUGUGGUGCAGGACACUCCCAUGCUGACAGCUGGGGACCCAGCUCAGCCUGUAGUUGGGCACAUCCCGAGUAAGUGCUGCUCUGAACCCCAAAGCUCGGGUGCACGUGCAGACAGUUGUAUAGGAAGAUAAUUAUGGCACGUCAGUAGGAAGUCCCACACGGUCACCCUAUCGCCCCUACCCCAUCCCUUGGGGUGGCAACCCGAAGCAAUACAACGUUGUGUAAAGGGCCACUUUGUUCUAGAUCAGGGACUCCUCGUUCUGACUUCUCUACAGUGAGCCCUGCAGCUUUCUAGAGCCCUGGCUUCUGGUGCCAAAGAGGGGCCCGAGGGCUGGAGGGGAGGGCACAAGGUUCAUAGGGUGGGCACAGCACCUUGGCGCUGCCAACAGCACCGCCCAGGACGGAAGGGAGCAGGGCAGCUGGUUACAAGAGGACGGGCCGGGUCUAGAAACUCGUCCUAAGCACCAUCUUCAGCCUCCAGUAUUGCUCUGGUUGGGGUACACCCCAGGGGAAGCAGGCCUAUUUCAGGCCCCUUGCCCAAUGGGAACUAGAACUCCAGCAAACCUACUGACCCCGGCCAGGGGAGGCCUGCUCUGCACAGUGGUGGGAGGGCAGGAGCCUGCCCUGAGGGUCAGCAUACAGUGGGGCCAGGCAGGAGCACCUGGCCUCCACUGGGGGAUGGGGCCAUGUUGACCAGCUUUCCCUUUAGUGACAAAAUUCAACCCCUACACACACAGCCCCACUCCGAGUGCUCCUUAGUGGGUGCCAAGGGGGCCAGCACCUGAGUGGGUCUCCAGCUGCACCCUGCCACCUUGGGGUUGGCACCCCUGCCAGGGUCUUUGGCCAGUAAUGGCCUGUUUCGGGGGGCUUGGGGGCUUCUGGACAUGUCCUUAAAAGCUUGGGACCCAGGAACCAUCACAGAUGGCUGCCCUGAAGGGCCCUGAGAACCCUGCUAGCCACCUUUAGAAGCAUCUGGAACAGCUCUACAUGUCAGAAGCCCUGACCACGAGCCCUCUCGCCAUCAGUGCACUGGGUCUCAUGCACCACGGAGGCUGCCUGUGGGGAGGCAGGCAUGCCCCUCUGGGGUUGGGGCUGCAGCUGGCCUGAGCCAGUGCCACUGUGUGCAUUUAAAUAAAUAAAAAGGUCCCCCUUUACUUUUUUCUUCCUUUUUUUUAAGUUUACUGUGCAUUAUACCAUCUAAAAAUAAAUGAAGUCAAGUCUAUGAAAUUUAUAAAUUUUCAUCACAUCUCUAUAAAAUACUGUCACCCUCAGCAUGACUCUUCUGUACAGACACCAGGCACCAGGCUGACCUGCCCCAUGACUGGACAUGCCAUGGUGGACUCAGAAGGAGGCCCACACGAGCACAGACGUACAAAGUAAAUGCACUUAUUACACGGCCAGCCACAUCUUCCCACAAGCACCACUGGGAACGGUCCCCUUUUGGAACACACCUGCAGCCCUGCCACAUGGAUUGGAAAGGCUGACUGUCCCUGUCCCCCACCCCCAACCCGCCCAUCAGCUCCAAGGCCAAAGACCCGAUGCAGGGCCCCCGGUCUCACAGCGAUGGGCAGGACUGUGGGUGCACCUCCUGGGAGAGGGCCUUCUCUGGGAACACCACUUCACAAGAUAGCAAACUGCCCUCAACCUGGAGCAGGAGCCUUUGGUAUAGGAAGAGCGGCGGGGGUGAGUAGGGCAGGUGCUGCCGAGGACUGGUUUUGGCGUUGGUCACCUGGAGAGUCAGCACCAGGAGAACGUGGAGGUGGGCGGGCGGGCGACCAGAUAGCACCAGGACCAGCGUCGGCAUCUCCGCGGUGGCCAGUCCUUCCCAUAGACAUCUGUAUAUAGAUCCUCUCAGAUAUAGGUAUGUACAUUUCUCAAUAGUUGCCUUUUACAACUUCAGUGGAAUAAAAUAAGUCAAAAUUGUUUAUACUUUUUUAAAAACGAUAAAUACUUUAUCUAAAACUAUCGACAGCAGGAGCUGGAGCCAAGCCCCAGCACCGCAGGUCUGCCAGCGCUGAUUCACAGUAGAACCUCGUCUUCUGUCCUGUCUGUCCCCGUCCAGCGGUGAGCCCCAUCCUUGCAUAGGUCUCAUGGUUGAGGUAGAAAUCCUAGUUACCUGCAGAGACAGUGCAGGAGGGAAGACAGCACAGUGUCAGGCUUUCACUUGGAGACGCCCAAACAUUUCCCCAGGUCAGGGAACCAAAGCCUCCUACAGACAUGUGACAGACAGAUGGAACAGUUGUCAAAGGACCACCUCUCCUGGCGGACCGCGUGUCGUGCCCUGGGUCCAGCCAAGGAGCAGAAGUCCCACCAGGAGGCCCUGGCUAGCAUGAGGGGCACAGGGUCUGGACUCUCAAGUCACCACCUGCCAGGUGCUGCUUAUGGUGGAUAGGCCAGUGCUGCCAGUCGUAAGCUAGCUCCCUGCGAUGGGCCCCGAGACGGGACAGGAGGGUGUCCACUGUGGACACUUCCACUGGCACGGCUAGCUGCUGACCAGCACCCGACGAGGCCCUGACAGCUCCCGUGGCCGCCUGUCUUCUUUCCGCCACAACAUGUGGCAGCAGGGUGGCCCCACACCUGGCCCGUGUCCAUUAGCACAGGUCCACCUUCUGUUCUUCGGGUCCUUGCCCUGUGAGCCGUGGACAUGCCCAGGAAGGCUCUUUGCCCUGGGAGACCAAGUUGGAAGGGCAGAGUGGCGGGUGGUGUGCCCAGCACAGAGCACCAGCCCAGCUCCUGGGCUGAGGGAGUGGCAGGGGUUAGCCCUCUAAUACUGUAUCCCACCAGUGGAGGAGCAGACAGGGACCCUCCCUGAAGGCUUCACAGUCACUUUCUUGUACAGGCCCCACGGGUGGGCACCUCCUACACUGCUCUCCGCUGGCAAGGAUGGCAGUAGCUGUGAGCUCUCAGUGGUCUGGGUGACUGGCUGAAGUACUGUCAGGUUCCUUGAAGGUCAGAGGAGCUGAGCUGUGGCCACAACUACGAAGCCUGUGCCUGCUGGUGAAGGCAGUCCCUGCUCUGCGGUCAGCUCCUGGUGUGCGUGGGUUAGCGCUGGCAGGUGGGACCUCUAGCUAAGGAAUCCAAAGAUGGACAACCCCAUCUUUCAAAAGCUGUCUACCAACCCAGCGCCUCAGCCACAAUAAAAUUCUACAACCGUACAAGGUGCAUUUGAGCAAACAGACUGAGAGACACCCCAGAGAGACUAACCACAACACAGGCUGUCCCAGAUGGCUCCAUGCCGUGGUGUCCAGGUCACCACCACUGCGGACACAGCCAGAGGGUGGCCACAAGCUGGCCUCGAUGGGCCUCAUCAGCAUCUCCUGGUCUGUCCCCGGUGUUUAAUGUGGCCACCAGCACCCAUAGAGCAGGUGUGCAUGUCCCUGGGGGCCUGGUGUGAAGGUCCACGCAGCAAAGAGGCUGGCUACCCUCUCAGGACCCUGCUGGUGCAUGGCAGCAGUCCCUUCUCACAGCAGCCCAGGGCUCCCCUCACCGCCCUGGGCUUUUUCACUCUGCCUCUCAGUACCAGCUGCCUCCACCGUCCUCCUAUCCCAUUUCCUGACCCCCUGCCCUCGAAAAGUCCUGUGCCCGUCUGUCCUCUGCAAAGGAAGGCAGUUCAGUUCUUGCAGGGACCCCUGGUUGGUCUCUAGCCUUACCUUACAGAAUACGAACUGCUAGCUAAGCAAGGUCUUUAUCGUGGCUUAACCCCCGCAAGGCGCGUGGCAUACGGAGGCGGCAUGCCAAGGGAAACCCACACAGCGGACGGCCCUGUGGAGCUGGC